AUUGGAAUUUGCAUUCGACGUGCCGCAGCGCGGAUGAUCGGUUUCGCAGUAUUUAGUGUAAAUUCAAUAUUAUCGAAUGUGCCGCCUUGUCGCACCUUUUGCACUGCUGAGCCUUGUCCACUUAUUUUGGCUUGUACUUCGUCUAGCGCCAGCCGUCGCCAUAGUUGACGCUGACAACUGUUGGAAUGACAGCCAGCAGUGCCUUAUACAUGCAACACUACAUCGCGCCGAUGAGCCGCCGCUUUCCGCUGGGCUGACAGUGGAAAUCGAUUGUCAAACAAAAAUUGCUUUACCACCGGCUGGUGAGCAAAAUCAUGCGCCCGCAUUGCUGCUGCGGCGCCUAGAGCUGGCGGAAAGUUUGCUGCUCGAUGGCUGCCACACACCGUUGGGCGUCGAAACGUACGGCAUGGAAUACCUACCCAACUGUGGCACUGUGCCGCAAGUGUACAUGGAGCGUUUCCAUGCGGACACGCUGCAGCCCUUCAAUUGUCCAGGCGUGAACAAUAGCGACAUGCAGCUGGAGCUGCUGCGUUACCGCAACAAUGAAUUGGCCACCAUUGGCACUGAUACGUUUGCGAAUCUGCCGCAAUUGCGUGAACUGUACUUUGCGGGCAACUCACUGCGUCAUAUUGCGCGUUCGGCAUUUGAUACGCUGCGCGUGGUGGAGCGCAUACAUAUCGUACACGAACCGUUGUUGGCGCUCAAGGACGGCGAUUUGUUUGAGCGUACAGGCGUUGCUGAGCUAAAGCUCGCACAGUUGAAGCAUAUCACCUCCGAUCUAUUUGGCCACCUGCCUGAGACAUUGCGCCAAAUACACAUCGCACGCACAACCUUCGACGAUGACGCCGUGGUGGUGAGUAAUCCACAGCUGCUGCGUAAUAUAUCAAUCACCGUUUGCACCUUGAAAUCUUUCACGCUGCUCGAAUCGGCACAAACCACAAGCGUGCGAUAUGUAAAUUUGAGUGGCAAUGCUUUGCGAGACUUUCGUGUGGAUUUUCUUGAUGGCGCUAGCAACACUUCCAUUGCGGGUGUAGAAACGCUUGAUUUGAGCGAAAAUGAACUGACGCAACUGCCGCUGUCGUGGCUGAGUAGUCUGAGAAAACUGCGGCAUUUACUAUUGCGCGGCAACCAGCUAAAGCGGCUCUCUUUGCCGGAACUAAUGUCGGCUAUGCCGGUUGUGGCGUCAUUGGAUUUGCGCGGCAAUCAACUGGCGUCGCUACAUGAUGCUGCUGCCGCAUCAGCAUUGAGUUGGGAGCAAGUGCGUAUAAAAAUCGAUCGAAAUCCGUGGAAUUGCUUGUGGUUGCUCGAAUUUGCGCACACACAUCCGGAGAAGUUUCGCGCUUUCCAAUAUGAAAAAUACAUAUCGCAAAUUAAUGUGAAUGGAUUAAAAUGCGUGCCAGAAGAGAUGCUCGCUUUAGCCGACAAUGCUACGAAGAGUGAGUCGCAUACGAACGCUGCAACAACAACAACAACAACGACGGCGACAAUGGCAACCUUUGUACAUGGCGUUCAAGUUCAGGAGCAGCAGCGUGGCGGCGUGGUCAAUGCCUCUACCUACAAGCUUAUCUAUGGCGGUCCGUGGGAAUAUAAACGCAGUCAGCGCGCAGAAGCUUUGAUAAUCGUAUUUAUGUUGCCAGUGGGCGUGGCUUUACUCUUCCUUUUACUUUACAUGUGGAUAAAAUGUCAGAAAGUCUUCCAUUUGUCCUACUACCGCUCCUUCUCAUGGCCGCAGCGCAACAUUGGCCAGCGUUUUAGAAGCGCCGAGCGCUUCGAUGUGGUGCGUCAAUUGCCGCCCACACCAAACGCUCUUAAUGGCAACACCAACAAUAAUGAGGACUAUGAGACGCCUUUGAGUGGCAUUGGCUCUGUUUGCAACUGCAACAAUAUCGGUACGCCGACAUAUGCGAACGAGAAAUGCCGCAAAUUACAUCACAUCACCUAUGAAGAAUUGCCCUCCGAGCAGCCGUACAAAAUCUAUGAGGAGAUAAUUGGCGAUGAUGCGGCGGACACCGAGACGUAUGCGCAACCUUUUUACGAUCAUCUGUCGUUUACGAAUCCCGAAAAAAGUGAUAUGACUGAGUCUAUGUGAGACUUUGUUU